CCAUUUUGUUUUUGGCCGUCAUUGUCCGUGAUUCCGAUCUUCCUUUUGUUCUUCUUGUCGCCGUAGCAAAUUAUUGAAAAUGACGGAUCGGGAUGAUAACGUUUACAAAUCAAAAUUGGCAGAACAAGCUGAACGAUAUGAUGAAAUGGUUGAGUUCAUGAAAAAAGUGGCAGCUCUUGAUGAAGAACUAACUGUCGAAGAAAGAAAUUUAAUUUCGGUUGCUUAUAAAAAUGUUAUUGGGGCUAGAAGAGCUUCUUGGAGAAUAAUUAGUAGCUUGGAAUCUAAGGAAAAAAGUAAUAAUGAUCCUAAUGUGGAGAUUACUCGACAAUACAGACACAAGGUUGAGAAAGAAUUAAAAGAAAUAUGUAAUGACGUCUUGGAUGUUUUACAUAAGCAUCUAAUUCCGUCAGCUAGUAGCGGUGAAUCUAAAGUGUUCUACAAUAAAAUGAAAGGAGAUUAUUACAGGUACUUGGCUGAAUUUGCCACUGAGUCUGAUCGUACAGAGGCUGCUGAAAAUAGUUUAGUUGCAUACAAAGCGGCUAGCGAUAUUGCUACUAGUGAUUUGGCCACCACUCACCCUAUCAGAUUGGGUUUGGCUCUCAACUUCUCUGUGUUCUACUAUGAGAUUUUAAACUCGCCAGACAGAGCGUGUCAGCUAGCCAAAAAAGCUUUUGAUGAUGCGAUAGCUGAGUUAGAUACAUUGAGUGAAGAGAGCUAUAAAGAUUCUACUCUCAUUAUGCAACUGCUUAGAGAUAAUCUUACCCUUUGGACAUCUGAUAUGCAAGGAGAUGAAGAUAAAAAAGAUGGAAAUGUGGAAGACUUGGAAGGAGAUGGUGCAGCUUCUAAAGCCUAAUCCAAUUGCACGAGACAUUUUUUUGUCAUGUUGCUAGUGAUUGCAAUCAUUCGCGACGUUGUUUCAAAGUUGCUUGAUGAAAAAAUUUUCUUAACAUUACUAUAAUUUUGUUUUCAUGUUCACAAUCUUAACGUAUUUACAAUUUUAACGAGUAAACAACUGGAUAAAAAAUUAUUUGUGAGUUUUGGUGUUCAUUCUUAGCAAUAUAUUUCAUUUUAUAAUCUGGUUCAAAAGAUUCAUAGUUGUUGAUAUGAGUGAAUUUGAUAAAAAUGUAAAAUUCUGUUCGGUUUAAAUUGAUAAUUUUUGUAAAUCGGCUUUGCUAAAUAUUAUUGGUGUAUCUCAUUCUAACAGAAAGUUUAACCUUUAAUUAUAAACCUUUCGAUUUCAUUUUUUGCUUUGUCUUUUAUUAAUGUUAGAUUCAGGAAAGUGUUGUUCAUCAUUCCAUUUGCAACUUUAGAUUAAUUGAAAACUUUU